AUGCAAGUGUAGUUGUAGGUGAAGUUCUUACAAGAGAUAACUAUGAAAGGUGGAGCAUUUUAAUGCGACACUAUUUAAUGGGUCAAGGUCUUUGGGAUGUUGUUGAAUCAAGCCAGUUGCCUGCAGAAGGAAAUAUGAGGGAUCAGUGGAUUAAAAAGAAUGCUUUAGCUCUGCAUGUCCUUAAGUUUUCAUGUGGAGAAGAAAUUUUUUAUCAGAUAAAGGGGAUGGAUUCUGCUAAAGAUGUUUGGGAUGCAUUGGCUAAUAUGCACAAACCCCCAGUUGUCUCUGAGGAAAUUGCUGAGCACCCCCUAGAAAGGCGAACAGUCACUUCUACCGCACAAACAUUUGGAAAUCCUGGAAGGUCUCAAUAUGAGACAUUAACUAAUGCCAUUUCCAAGGGGGAGCUUUGGAAAGUACAGAAGUUCUUUGCAGAGAAUCCGGAUAAAAAAUCUGCAAGAAUAUCUGAAAAUGGGUACACAGCUCUUCAUUUUGCAGUUUAUAAUAGGAAGGAAAGAAUUGUUGAUUACUUGAUCGAUGAUUCCAUAUUGUCAAAAGGAGAGUUGCAAAAACAAAAAGAUGAUUUUGGGAACACAGCUCUUUCCAUUGCUGCUCGUUUCGGAGCUGGGAAACCGAUUGCACAAAAAUUAGUUGGAAAGAACAGUAAUUUGCUCACCAUUCCAGACUACGAUGGAAAGAUCCCAGUUCAAUUGGCCUGCAGCACAAUUCAUGAGGACAUAGCACGCUACCUGUACGUUGCGACUCCACUAGACUCUCUAAAUGGAGACUGUGGCUUCUACAUCCUCCAAGAAUGUAUAAUUAGGAAAAUGUUUGGUAAGAACUCUUAACAUUAAUUAAUUCUUCUUCUCCUUGCUAGUAUAUAAUAUAUAUAUAUAUAAUUUUUGUUGUUUUACUUUUUCUAACAAACUUUGAUAUUAGAU